UCAACAUCACAUGACAGAUCGAUCACCUGCUCUUUACGUACAACUUUGUUGCCGUCUGCUGGUUUAGUGAGUGUAGUUAGUUAUAUAAAUUUUUGUAAAUACAGUGUAAAAUCAUGGCAUACAGUUUACGAUACACUUUAGGAUACAUUCUCACCGGAGGGCUAUCUCUACUCGUCACUGGGAUAAUACUUUUCUACGUACUCACUGGAAAAGGUGAAAGACUCAGUAUUGGGUGGUUCCUCACUUCAACUUCCCCAUUUAUGUGGGCUAGCUUAGGAGUUGGUUUGGCAGUAUCAUUGUCUGUUGUUGGAGCUGCUCUUGGAAUUCACACGACUGGAGUGAGUAUUAUUGGUGGAGGUGUAAAGGCUCCAAGAAUCAAGACCAAGAAUUUAAUUUCUGUUAUUUUCUGUGAAGCUGUAGCUAUCUAUGGGCUCAUCACUGCCAUUGUUCUCUCUGGUCUCAUUGAAGAAUUUUCUUAUGCCAAUGCAGAAAUGAAUCCCGAACUGAAGGCUAUGAAUUGGAUGGCUGGACACAUAUUAUUUGGUGCUGGAGUUAGCGUCGGCCUGGUAAAUCUAUUCUGUGGAAUGGCUGUAGGAGUUGUUGGUUCCGGAGCCGCACUUGCCGAUGCUGCAAAUUCUGCUUUAUUUGUGAAGAUUUUAAUCAUCGAGAUCUUCGGAAGUGCUAUUGGUUUGUUUGGCCUCAUCGUUGGUAUCUACAUGGUUUCAAAAGCCAAAAUGGGAGACAAAUCUUAAACAUUUUAAAGACCCAAGUUGUAAGUAGUACUAGUGUACAAUCGGUAAUGCGCAGUGCUCUGGUGUGCUUGUAUUCAAAAAUUAAUGCAAUACCUACCAUUUCUUCCAAAACAAAUUGUACAGUAUUGACAUUUUUUAAAUGAUUUACAAGUUCUAUUGUAUUACUAACUGUAAAGACGGAUACAGUUGGGUUCUCAGCGUACAAGUGCAUUAAAUAUAUAUAUAGUAAUAUUAUUUAGCCUAAGUUGUGAUUUUCAAAUAUAUUUUAUGAAGUUGGCUUUUGGAAUAAAAGUAAUAGAUCAACUAAGCCUACCCAAUUAAGUAGCCUACCGUACUGAUCAGGGCUAACUGGUGCAGUAUGGACAAUGAAUCAAAUUGUUGUGUAAUAAGUUAUUUGAGAACUUGCGUGUGAGCCAAUCCAUACAGUAAUAUAAAGUAAUUAUUUUACCCCAUCUGGACUCUUAAGUUGUUCAAAUUAAGAAUAAAUAGUAACGGAAAAUAAAAAGAAGUAUGUUUAAAAGAGUUAAGUUUUGUUUUUUUAUUGCCAUCCCCUUUUAUCAGAGAUAUGAACAAUUUUCUGGUACAAUACUUUGUCUAUUGUAGGAACUUAUAUCAUAAUUAAACUUACUUACAUGCAUCUUAAACUAGCAUGUUGGAAAAAUUCAAAUGUUGUAAACUUAAUUCUUAAAAUGCCACAUCUGUGAUUUGUCAGUUUAGGCUAUAUACUAGUAUUGGCAGCACAGUGUUUUGAGCUCGAGUGGGCCACAAUGUGAUCCUGUUCUUUCUCCUAACAAGCUGAGUAUUUACAUUACUCAUGCAUUACUCAUGUUUAGAGCUAAUAAUUAAUAGUUAUUAUUUGGAUCAAGUCAAUUAAUAGGUGUUAUCUAGAUGGCUGCAGUAUAAUAAGUGGCCACCAGUACAAUCGAAUCACUAUCGAUUAGAAAUAUUGAAACUAUCGAAUAUAACAACAUUUAACCAAUAGAUAUUCAUAAUUAAUAAUUCCCAGCUGUUUUUAUUUGACAGAAUAACUGUAUUACAUAAAAUUAGAUCGAUUACUGUACAUAAAAACGCACAUUAGAAGACUUAUCACUAUAAAUUUGGUUUAAUGAAUAUAUAAUCGUGUACUAAUUUUUAUGGAACCAAACCAACUAUGACUUUCUAAUAAAUGAACAUUGUUUUAAUGUCAGCAGUAUGUGCAAAAAUACCGUUUCAGAUAGGUUAUCAUUUUGUAGAGAGGUUUGUUUUGUAUGGAAUUAUAAAAAAGUAACUUAAGUAUUAUUAUUUUCUAUUAUCUUAAAUACCUAUAUUUCUUUGACAUAUAAAAAUAUAGCUUCACUAUAAUACAAUCAUAAAAGUCUAUAACGUAAUUCAGUUUGACAUUACUGUUCCAAAUUAAUUCAAACAAAGUAAAAUUAUGUGUAUGGUAUUUGAAUAAUGGCCGCAAGUACAAUAGCGAUGUGCAUUUGUUAUUUGUGUCAUAAGGUGGCGGACAAGUUUAUCCUUCAAAUUAAUAAAAAGUAACUAAAUAUUACACUUUUGUUUGUUACAUUUUCUAAAUAUUUAUAGUCUUCGAUCAUUUUUUAUUCAUCAUUGAAUUAUUACUUUUUAAGAUAUAAAAACAGUCAAACUAUAUUGUAAUUUGAAAUACCUAUUACGUAAUUUGGUUUGACAUUUUGGUUUCAGUAGUUUUAAGAUAGUUAUGAAUAUUGAGAAUUUGAUAAUCAUGAAUAUUGAUUCGAUUGACGUGGUGGCAGCUUUUUAUACUGUAGCAUCUCCUUAAAAUGCAUGUAUAGGUCUAAUGAUCAAAAACAUUCUUAGAGUGUUAUAACAUGUACAAUUAGCCUGAUAAAUGUUAAAUCUAAAGCGGCCUAAAGUGAAAUAAAUCAAUGUAGGCUGGUACCAAAACGUAUGACAAGUGUUCAGAUGUUGUUAAUUGAAACAAACAACAUUCAUAAUUCACUUGGUUUGCUGAUAAGGCUGUCAACGGUUUGAUUAUAUGUUUGUCUUGUUUAAUUAAAUUUUAUAAAACAUCGUACAGCUUACUAAGUAAAAAUAAAAGGUAUUAUGGAAUGACUGUUUUUCAGUGACUCACAACAUAAGUUGAUGACAUUAGGCACAAUUGUCAUGAUAUGAUUAGAUACUUGUUGAUUAAAACAAAUAUAAGUAUAAAAUAGGAUAAUUACUUCUACCACCAAAAUUAAAUUUCCUAAAAUGUUAUGAAUAAAAUAUCUAGUAGCUUGUAAAUAUAAGAAACACAGGCUAAAUGUAACAUAGUUGUGGAAACUAACUUUAAUUAGAAAGGAAUGAGGACAAGUACAGAAGUGUUGUGUAAUUUUUAGGUUAAGAAGAUGUGCUAAAGUUGAUCAAACAUUAUGUUUGUCCACUCGAGCAUGUUUUCAUCAUAUUUUUCCAACUUAUGCCUUAUUCCAACUUGCUUCUUAGUUUAUGUCAUUGAUACAAAUACACCAGUCUCCACUGCUGAAGUUAAAAAAACCCAUAAAUUCAUGUCACAUUCUAAGUAGAAAUUUUAUAAAUAAUCUAAAAUAGAGGCUCACGUCUAAGAUUAUAGAGAGUUAGUGAACUUGUUAUAAUUUACUCUAGAAUUCGUGGACCAUUACUGUGUUUGCAAAGUUUUUGUAAGAGUUGUCUAGGUUCUAAACGUGUUGACCACAGCAAAAUAUCAUUUUUAAUCUACAUGGGAACCAAACACUUUGAAACAUUUGGCAGUUAGUCCUAAAAAUCCUUUAGUAAGGUAUUAUACUAAUACUUACCAAGAUGACAGCCUCAAGUAUAAAAAUACAUAGUUAUUGUAAUACAUUUUUGAACCUAUGUUUUAUUGGUUUAAACCUCUCAGGAAAAAGAAAAUCUAAUAAGAGUUUUAGCUUUGAUUGUAUUAGUUACUCGGGAGACGAAUCAUUCAUACACAUAAGGUGUACUAAAGCCUAAGGGAUUAUUACAGUUACAUCUGUGGCUGCGCUACAUAACUUUGAUUAGUACCGUUCAAAUAUUUUUUCUACCUGAGGUACUUGAGAUUCACCCUACAGAUGGCAAUUUGAGUGCCCACUUUUCAUAUGCCUCAUUUUAUAGUAUUGAAUGAGUUACCUCUUUUGUAACUAAUACAAUCAUGGGUUUUAGUAAGAUUUGUAAGUAUAAGAUGACCAUUAGGAAAUAUUUUUUGACCAGUGUAUGAUAAUGUUAUGGUUUUCGAGUUCACUCAGAAAAUUAGAAGAAAAAUACAGUACGGUAUAUGUUUCUACGAACUUUAUUGUGUUUAAAAAAUGAAAUACACUCGUCCAUUGGCGUGAAAAUAAACAAAUGCUUUAAACACCACAAAAUUCAUUGAGUAAAGAUAAUUGUUUUGUUAAAAGUAUGAUUAUCACCAUCUAAUUUAUUUGAACAUUCCAUUAAAUUUAAUUUAUAUUUAUUUUAAGUAGUAUUUGUGCACAAAUAAAUUUAGGUGAAGGUUAACAUUAUUAAAAAGUGAGCAACACCUUUUUGGAAGACAAAACAUAAUUAACCUUUUUACGAGUGUACUGAAAGACAGCAGAAAUAAAUGUACAUAGCAAUGUGAGGAGGCAUUACAAUUUUACCAGAGUGAAUACUGAGAACUACUUUGCUGAUGUAUUGUUUUAUCUAGCAGAGGUUGUUUUAAUAACGUUUCCAGUUAUUCCUAUAGUGUUGCUGUACAAAGCCUGACUUGUUUUGACUCCCCGUAAAUCUGUUACUUGCGUGUAGCUGCCUUAAUGCACAGCAUAUCCCGUCUACACUCGUCAUCAGGUUAAGAAUGUUCGUAAUACAAGCCCCUCUAAUGUAACCAAUGUUAAAAUGUUUAUAUUGCAAGGUGAUUGUUGUUUAUGGUUUUAUAUUAUAUUCAGCCUAUGGCUUACAUGGUAUAGGCUAUUGUGAGAUAAAUGUAAAGUUAACACAGUGUACAUAGCACUAGUUUGUUGUUUAGGUAUAAAUCAGUGGUAACAAUUUAAUAGUUAUAUUCGUUUAUAAAUUUUGGAGUGGCAUGGGUCACAGAUCAAGGCCGUUUGUUUGUUAAGAGAUGAUUUGGAGAUGCUGGCCAAUACUGUUUGUUUAUGUAGGAAAAAAUGAGAUUAGUUUCUGUUUAACGUGGAAACUUAGUUAAAAGGGAGCAGGAUUGUGAUCCUGGAAUUUGUUAAAUUAAAAUGAGCAACAUUUACCAGUUUUCAUAUAUAUAUAUAUACUUUCAGUCCAAAUUAAAAUCUAUAAAAAGAUUGUUAUGUUACCUUUUCUUGUCACUCUAAUUUUAUUUAUUAAAUUAUAUUGUUAUUAACAGGAGAGCUAGUCGCUUCACAAUCUAAGGCGUCGAACUUUGAAUUUGAGUAAUAUAAAUAAUUUUAGUCCUUAUGCUUUUUGAUUAAAUCCUCACAGGCCUUUGGCUAAUGAUGAGCAAAAUAAUGCCAAAUGAGGGAUUGACCUCAAAUCAUUGCUAAAACUAGGUAUCAAUUCAGGAUUGGAUGGGAGUGCCGUGGACUAAAACAUUUUACGACGCAUAUUUGGAGUAAAAGUCAAAGACUGUUUAAACGAACAUACAUGUAUUAUAAGAAUAUUAUGAAUUGUAAAAAAUAUGUUUUGCUAAACUGUCAAUAAAUAAUAUAACUUUUCAAACUACUUAAAAUUUACCGGACUUUUGUUUUACAAUUUGGUACAACUUCCAAAAUUUAUAGACUUUCAGUGGAACAUAUCUAAUAUUUUGUCUAAAGAGUUAGUUUAACUAAUAUAUUGGAUUUACAAUAUUUUAACCAAAUGCGAAAUUUAUUCCAUAAUAAUAUAUUGAAAGUUGAAAUAAUAUUCUUAAUUGGCACAGUUCUGUUAUUAUAAAUUAUUAUAAUUAUUCACUAGUUUAGGGACAAUGUUUAAUAUUAUUCUGAAGAAAUGUUAGCAUUUCAUCUGAAUUUAUUAUUACAUUUAAAUAGUCUGGGAAUAUGAUCAUACAUUGUUUAUUUAUGUCUGAAUUAGAGAUUUGAAGUGCUAAUAUUUAGGCAAUAACCUUUUUUCUGUUAAAAUUCAAGAAUUUAUACAGGUUAAAUGUAAAUAAAUGUAAAAGACGUACAUAUAUCAAAGAAAGUUUUUGAUUAUGUGGUUUUUUGCUACUGUAUUUCUGUAUAGGGCUUACAUGUCGUAGGCAGUCAAGAGAUUUACUGUAAAGUUAUAAAUGUACAUAGGCCUAGUUUAUUAAUUAGAUUUAUCAGUGUUAACAAUUCAUUAUAACAAUAGUUAGUCAAAGUAUUAAUAUAUUUUCAUUGAGAAUAUAACAAACAUCUUGUAGUUAUUGUUGGAAUGGUGUAAAAUGUAAAUAAACUCAUCAUGUCAAAUGUA